GGCCGCGGCAAUUCAGUACGCCAGAGAGGCCAUUGAUCUUAUUUCAGACAGCCAUCCAGACUUCCCUUGGCACUUGUGCUGUCUCGUGCUGUGCUUGGACGCUAGCUUUACGCAGACAGGCAAUGCUUCCGUGCUCGAAGAAAUGAUCCCAUUGGCAGAGCAAGCCAGGGAUCUAUCAGCACAAGAUCACGCUGGCAAGCCCUUUUAUUCGACAGUUCUCUCUAUUGCGCUCUACCGGCGCUUCGGCUCGACUACGCGAUCGUCUGAUCUCAACCAGGCAAUCGAGUGUGCCGUAGAAGCGUUCAACCUGGCACACGGUGAUACGCUCCCAGACCGCCACAACCGAUAUCUUGCCUCGUAUCACUUGUCUCUUUGUUUACAAGAUAAAUAUCUCAGAGAAGGACAUUCGAGUGAUCUCGAACAGGCAAAGCAACUUCAUCGAGAGUCUCAGAUUUGUAUACGGGCCUUGGACCAAGACGGUGCAUUCUUCAGCUGGCUUCGCAACUCGCACAAUGGCCCCUACAGCGUUCAUCUUGGCACCAAUACGAAGGUCAUCUUAGAGCUUCGAAACAAAGGCCAUGUACAUGCCAUACUACCUGACAAGUUGAACUGCCAUGGUCGGCUCUUCGCUCUGGCAAAUGAAUACUUCCACUAUUACGAGGAUGGAAUCGAGGAUUAUCUUUCAUCGGCUCUUCAGCUUUGUGAUAGCUCGCUUGAGUCUAUUUGCGAAGCUCAUAUUGCGCAUUCAGCGCGGUUGCAUCUUCGGGGACGAUGCUACGAGGAGUUCUACAACAGGUCACUUUCCGAUGACAGCGACGAUGACGACAGGAGGAAUCGAAUUGAUGAUCUCACCAUGGCAAUCUCAACCUUCCGGGAGCUCAUUGAUAAACUCCCAUUCGAUGAUCCGCUCCGCUCUGACGUUCUCUUUCGACUUGGUCGUCUGUACUCCGACAAGCUUUAUUACAACUGCGCUAUAGAAGAUGUGAAGUUGGCACUGGAGGUGCAUCAAGAGUGCCUGGAUCUCACACCAGAGGGACAUUCUGAUCGCGGAGUAUGGCUACGACACCUAGGAUGCACCAAGAACACCGCCUAUCAUUUCUUUGGAGACAAAGCUAACUUGGAUGAAGCAUUGUCUUUACUCGAGCAAGCCAAAGAACUGAAUACGGGGGAUAUCAUUCACAGACAAGCACUGGUCCCGAGCUUGGCCACCACCUACCGUCGAAAAUUCGACACCACCAGAGAUCUUAAAGACAUAGAUUCCGCCAUCAAAGUGUAUCAUGAUGCGGAAAGCCUGUAUUCUAAUCCAAUCGGUCGGAACCUCAUAUUGACAUGGCUUGGGGGUGCGUACCUUCACCGAUAUGGGCUAACGAAAGCUCCCGCGGAUGUCAAUCAGGCCGUUUCGAACUUGGAACAAGCCCUGGAUACGAUCCCCAAGUCCUCUGAAAACUCAGAGCGUCUCAAUGUCUUGAUAUCUCUUGCGAGGUGUUAUCUGCGGAAGCAUGGUCACGCAGGAGCAAUGGCAGACCUCGAUGCGGCUACAAAAUAUGCACAGGACGCUGUAAACGUAACAUCACCCGACGAUUCGCAACAUCUGAGUGUUCUGGAAGUCCUGGGAUCCUGUUAUCAUCGGAGGUUCCAAGUCACAAAGCAGGAUGACGACAUUCGCUUAGCCAUCGAAACCGACGAGGAAGCCCUUUGGCAGUCAUUGUCAAGUGUCAAUAUUUCGGAUGUUCUAGAAGUCGCACAACGUCUACUCAAGGCGUAUAUCUUGGUCAAGAAUUGGCGCAAAGGAUUCCAAUUUGCUGAGUAUGCACUGGAGUUGAUUCCGUUAUACACACCCCGGUAUCUACAAAUCUCCGAGGCUCAGGCUCUACUGUCCAAAGUCAAUGGUCUGGCCUCGCUCGCUGCGGCCUUUUCGCUGGAACUUGGCAACGAUGACCAAGACACUCUAGCGACGCUCGAAAGGGGACGAGGUGUUGUUGCAGACUACGUGUAUGAUCUGCGCGUUGAUUUUGACAGCCGGAAGUUCUCAGGCAUGGAUCCUGAGAUGAGAAGGACACUCAUGAGCAACCUUGGCCAACUUGAGGGCCCUGGUCGAGAUCCUGACGAGAGCCCUGGACUCCCAGCUAAUGAAGGUCAAUCCAGUCUGGGCAGACUCACCAGGAGGAUAGCGGCGAGCAAAAGCCUUGACGCAUUAGUGGGGGAGUUCAAUAAGCGAAUACACGGCUAUCGCGUAGGCCCGAGAAACGCAAACUUUUCAGUGUUUACGAAGAAGGGGCCUAUUGUGAUCAUCAAUGCCAGCUACCGCUGCGACGCGUUCCUCAUCAAGAACAUGAUCGAGGUCCUGCAUUUGCCUAGAUUGUCUCGUGAAGAGAUAGAGCGAAGGCUCCAGGAGGAAAAUAUGGGCAGCACCAAAGUUCUGGAAUGGCUCUGGGACACUAUCACGGGACCAGUCCUUGACAAACUCGGGUACACCCAAGCACCUGCAGAUGGUGAGUGGCCGCAAGUAUGUUGGAUUGCCACGGGAGCAUUGAGUCGUUUCCCGCUGCAUGCUGCUGGCUAUCAUACAGACUUCUCUGGUAAGACUGUAUUGGACAGAGUCAUGUCUUCCUAUAGCUCCUCCUUCACUGCUAUCAAGGAAGGAGCAUGGAAGGGCCAAGGACCAUCCUCCACCAAAGCAGUCAUGGUUGCCAUGCAGAAUACACCUGGCAGUAAGAGCCUACCCUCCGCACCCAAAGAGCUGACAAUAGUCCGCGGGCUCUGCGAGUCAAUGUCACUUGAGUCUAUCGAACCAGCGAGACUCACCAAGCACGUUCUGUCAGAGUUGAAGGAUUGUCACAUCUUCCACUUUGCUGGCCACGGCGUGACGGACCAGACGAAUCCGUUGAAAAGUCAUCUACGCCUCGAGGACUGGAAAACCCAACCUCUGACAGUAGCGGACCUGCUGAACAUGAACCUGCGAGACAAUCCACCGUUUUUGGCCUAUCUGUCGGCUUGUGGGACGAGUCGGAUCAAAGAUAAGCGCCUACUGGAUGAAAGCCUCCAUCUGAUCAGUGCGUGUCAGUUAGCCGGUUUCCGGCACGUUAUUGGAACACUCUGGGAGGUCGAUGAUGAGGCAUGCGUGGACGUUGCGGAAAUCACGUAUAGCGAGAUGAGAGACGCUGGCAUGGAGGACGAUUCGGUUUGUCGGGGGUUGCACAAGGCUGUACGGGCAAUGCGGGAUAGUUGGCUGGCCGAGUCGUCGAAGACCACAGCACAAAGGGCACGUUCAGGUUUAGAGAACUCGUCGUCAAAGGAGAGGGCCCAGACUGUUAGCGAUGAGCGCUUUCAGCCAAGAGAGCUGCGAUCAGCACGAGAUGCGGUUGUUGAAGAGGAGGAUGAGGAACUGGGGCCUGCGCCUUGGGUUGCUUAUGUACAUUAUCGAGGGAGAGUUUAAUUUCUGCAUUUCUGGUGUCAUAGGGAAGAUAGUACAGCUCUUUAG